UCGGAGCUGUGUGAUCGCUGCGCUGUUUCUAAGGGACCUGUCAGCAUGGAUGAUCAGGGAUGUCCCCGGUGUAAAACCACGAAAUACCGCAACCCUUCGCUCAAACUGAUGGUGAACGUGUGCGGACACACGCUAUGUGAGAGUUGUGUGGAACUGCUGUUUGUUAGAGGUUCUGGAAACUGUCAGGAGUGUGGCACAGCACUACGAAAGAACAACUUCAGAGUGCAACUCUUUGAAGAUCCUACAGUGGACAAGGAGGUAGAGAUUCGAAAGAAAGUAUUGAAAAUAUACAACAAAAGAGAAGAAGACUUUUCCACUCUGAAAGAAUACAAUGAUUUUCUUGAAGAGGUUGAAGAUAUUGUGACUAAUCUGACCAACAAUGUGGAUAUAGAGAACACUAAAAGAAAAAUGGAGCAAUACCAGAAGGACAACAAAGAUAUUAUUUACAGAAACAAACUAAAACUGACCCGGGAGCAGGAAGAUUUGGAAGAGGCUUUAGAAUUUGAACGGCAGGAGAGUGAUCAAAGACGAAUGCUUCUGCUGAAGGAAGAACAACUGCAGCAGUUGGCAAAAAAGAAGAAUAAGCAGGCCCUCAUUGAUGACCUGGAAAGCUCCCAGCUGCCCGUAAGCAUGCUUUUGGCUCAGCAUAAGGACCGGGCUGCGCAACUGGAAACACAGUUGGAAACACAGCGGCCAGUCAAAUCCGUCACAUUCUCAACUGGCAUCAAAAUGGGUCAGCAGAUAUCCUUACAGCCAAUGCCAAAGAUAGAAGAAGCACUGUAUGUCUACCAGCCAUUGCAGAUAGAGACUUAUGGACCUAAAGUUCCAGAAUAUGAGCUCCUUGGAAAACGAGGGUACCUGAACCAUGUACGUACUGCCACAACCCAGGAUAUCGCUGGAGGCUACACCUCUUCACUUGCCUGUUACCGUGCUCUGCAAGAUGCAUUCAGUGGACUUUUCUGGCAGUCCAGCUAGUCUGAUAGACAGAAGGAGGAUUCAAAGGUAGCCAUUGGAUUGAUACCAGGAGCUUCAACAGCCAGACCUCUGUUUAAAAAAAACAACUAUCAGCCACACCACAGCUGAAUGGAAAAUUGACACACAGCCAAAGAACUUGAACUUGGACAGCUGUUUGGAGACAGCAGCUGAUAAACUCAAAGAUUAGCAUUUUCUCUUUACAAGGAGUGUGUCGAGGUCUACUUACAGGAAAGGAGGAGACACAGGCUAAAUACUGGUCACAGAUGUGUACGCACCACUUAACAAUAUCUGAUAACUGAAGAUUGAGGAAGCAUAAGUGUUCCUUAACACAGCCAAAGAUGAUAUUCGUGGGACUCAAUAAUGAUGUAUAGCGUAAAGAUAACAGCUCCUAUGUUUGUCCAGUGUGUUGGAAAAGUUUUCAUUUAUUUUGAAUAAAACUAAUACCAUUUAAUUACUGAUUUUUCUUUCACCUUAAAAUGGAAUAUAAAUACAUCAGGAGUGAAUAUAUGUGGAAGUCAAAAAAUUACCUUAUUUGUCUUAUUGACUGAUCUUUAAAUGUUACUGUAUCCAUCAUAAAUACACUGGAGGUGAAUACAUGGAGAAGUUUAAUAAUAUCUGCCUGGUCUUGUGUUGCAAUUUGAGAUACUGCUAUUCAUGAUCUUUCAAUAUGUAUUAUUCAAAUAAAACUUCCUGAAAUGUUGUCCAAAA